ACCAGAAGUCCUGAGUCAUGUGGGGUGGGCCCACAUGACCGGAGGCCCGAGUCCAAUAUGGCGGCCUCCAUGGGUCGCUGCCUUCUCGUCUUCAUUUCACUGCGCGGCUUCCUCGGUGAGGCGUCCGGCGACCUCGGCUCGGGUAGGGCCUCCCGCGACGAUGACUUGCUGCUGCCUUACUCCCGCCCGCGGGCGCGCUCUGCCCGGGACUGCACAAGGGUGCGCGCCGGCAGCCGCGAGCACGAGAGCUGGCCGCCGUCCCCCUCAAACCCCGGUGCCCGCGGUCCCGCCGUACGCAUCUUCGUCUCGCACUUCGCAGACCGCGCGGUGGCCGGCCACCUGACGCGGGCCGCCGAGCCCCUGCGCACCUUCUCGGUGCUGGAGCCCGGCGAGCCCGGCGGCUGCGCUUCAAGGCGCCGCGCCACCGUGGAGGAGACGGCGCGGGCGGCCGGCUGCAGCGUCGCCCAGAAUGGCGGCUUCUUCCGCAUGGACACGGGCGAGUGCUUGGGGAACGUUGUGAGCGACGGGCGGCGGGUGAGCAGCGCCGGGGGGCUGCAGAACGCGCAGUUCGGGAUCCGCCGCGACGGGACCCUGGUCACCGGGUACCUGUCUGAAGAGGAGGUGCUGGACACUAAGAAUCCAUUUGUGCAGCUGCUGAGCGGGGUCGUGUGGCUGAUUCGCAAUGGAAGCAUCUACAUUAACGAGAGUCAGGCUGCUGAGUGCGAUGAGACACAGGAGACAGGUUCCUUCAGCAAAUUUGUGAACGUGAUGUCAGCCAGGACAGCCGUGGGCCACGACCGGGAGGGGCAGCUGGUGCUCUUCCACGUGGACGGGCAGACGGAGCAGCGGGGCAUUAACCUGUGGGAGAUGGCGGAGUUCCUGCUGAAACAGAACGUGGUCAAUGCCAUCAACCUGGAUGGAGGGGGCUCUGCCACCUUCGUGCUCAACGGGACCUUGGCCAGUUACCCGUCCGAUCACUGCCAGGACAACAUGUGGCGCUGUCCUCGCCGCGUGUCCACCGUGGUGUGUGUGCACGAGCCCCGCUGCCAGCCGUCUGACUGCAACGGUCACGGGACUUGCGUGGAGGGGCGCUGCCAGUGCACGGGGCGCUUCUGGCGGGGCGCUGCCUGCAGCGAGCUGGACUGUGGCCCCGCCAACUGCAGCCAGCAUGGGCUCUGCACGGAGACCGGCUGCCGCUGCGAAGCUGGAUGGACAGGGUCCAACUGCAGUGAAGCGUGCACCAACGGCUCCUUCGGGGAGGACUGUGCCAAGAAGUGUCAGUGUCAUAAUGGAGCCACCUGUGACCCAGUUCGGGGGACCUGCGCCUGUCCCCCUGGCUUCACUGGAGACAUCUGUGUGCAGGAGUGUCCCCUUGGCUGGUACGGGCCAGGCUGCCAGAGCCCUUGCAAGUGUGAGCACCAGUGUCCCUGCGACCCCCAGACCGGCAACUGCAGCCUCGCCUGGUCACGCACCUUGAACAGCAUCCUCUCCCGAGUGAAACAGUGUCUCCCGCCACCCGAGGACACCCUGCAGGCAGGAGAACUUUCCCUUUUCACCAGGGCAGCGAGGAGCCGGCACCUGGAUGGGGCCUAUGUGUACCACCCACUGCAGGAGAUGAACGGGGAGCUCCCGGCUGCUGAGAAGGAGCCAGCAGGUGACACCUGUAACCCCUUCAAGGACUGAAGCCUCCAGCUGCCUGUCACGACCUGUUCUGGAGGCUCGUUUCCAUGAGCUCUGGCUUCUGCAGGGUAAGUUCCAAGGCCUCUGACCAUCUGGGUGGUCUCGACCCACAUGCCAAGCCAGGCUUCUGACAGCACCUGUGCCUCAGCCCCUCACCUGGCCGCCUGCCGUGGCACAUGCAGCCCUAGCAAUGCAGCGCGCCCUGGAGAGACUCUGCUUCCUUCCCCGCCUGCCUGUGCCUGCUGUUCACGAGGCCUGUCCCCCAAGGGCCUGCCCCGCUGCUGCCAAAGAGCCUCCGGCCUCCGGAGGCAGGGGCCGCUGCCAGUGGAACUCAUGAUGACCGAACCGUGGCCAAGUGGCAGGGUCCAGCCAGCCCCCUCGGAUGGGGUGAAGAGACUAUGGCCACAUCAGGGGACCCUUUUUCACAGACCUCAUCACCGAACUUGCCAACUAGAAUUCUAUUUCCUGUCACGGGCAGCUCCUUAAAGGGAAGAGGGGUGAAAUCAUGUUUACAGGCUCUCUAUUUUGUCCUGCCACCCAGAGGGUUUUUCUACCACUUGAAUAAAUUGAUACAAUAAAAGGACCCCUGGAGCGGCAUCCGAAUGCGGAAUCGUGGAAUUGAGGGACCCCUAGAUUUUGACAGGUGGGGCUGCUUAACCUGAGUCAGGGGCAUGUCCAGCUCCCUUAUCUAUUUUGUUUAAUCCAGGGGUUCUCACUUUAAAGUGUACUCGAGUCACCUGGAAGAGCUCGCUAAAAAUGCAGAUUCUGGCCUGGGCUGGAGCCUGAGAGUCUGCAGGUCUCACUGAGCUCCCAGGUGAUGGCUGCAGGUGUCUGGACCACACUUUGAAAGAGAAAAGUUUA